CUUCUUCAUUUCGUAUAAAUCUGCCCAUUCACAGGCCUAAUUCAAUAUCCGUCCUUCGCAACCCCUUGUGGCCUUAGCCCUUGAUACUGUUCCGAUAUCGGCUGUUGUAGCCCCGGCAGUACAUACCCACAUAGUCCGGCAGCAUGGCAGAGGUUGAUACUAAAGCAUCAUCUCGUCAUGUCGAGUCCACUGGGAAGCCAUUGGACGUGGUGGAUGAAUCGUUCGAGGGCUUGACCCCGGAGGAAGAACGGGCCCUGGAGAAGCGCCUGGUGCGCAAGAUCGAUUUGCACCUGAUUUCUUCGUUGUUCCUAUUAUUCAUUUUCAACAUUCUGGACCGUUCCAACAUCGCCAAUGCGCGUCUGGGUGGGCUACAGGAAGACCUAGGCCUGUCGGACACGCAGUAUCAAACUGCGGUAGCCAUUAUGUUUGUCGGCUACCUGCUAGGGCAGGUGCCAAGUAACAUUCUGUUGACACGACUGAAACCCUCCCGCUAUAUCCCAGCAGCCAUCUUUAUCUGGGGAGGGAUUUCAAUCUGCAUGGCUGCAGCACAUAAUUUCGCUGGCAUUAUGUGCGUGCGUGUAUUCCUCGGGUUCGCCGAGUCACCAUUUUUCCCGGGGGCUUUGUUACUGAUAAGCUCAUGGUACAAGCCGUCCGAAAUUGCGGUGCGAGUAGCCGUCGUGUACUGUGGAAACACCAUCGCCAACGGGUUUGGCAGCAUGUUUGCCGCAGGCGUUAUGAGUGGAUUGAACGGCAAGGGCGGGUUGGAAGGCUGGAGAUGGCUAUUUAUCAUUGAAGGGGCUGGCACAAUGGUGGCCGGCCUGCUCGCCGUCGCGCUUCUCCCCGACUUUCCUCGCUCCGGGCAGCGGAAGUGGCUAUCGGAACAGGAGCAGCGCUUUGCCGAAUGGCGUCUCGCCCGCGCUGCAAAUGAUGAGGUCGAUGAGAAUGGAUCCAUUCGUGAGGGCUUGCGCGAUGCCUUCCUAGAUCCCAAGGCAUGGAUGUUGAUCCUGAUCCAAGUCUGCCAGCUCACCUCUCAAAGCUGGACCUAUUUUUUCCCUACCAUUGUCAAAACAUUGGGAUUCAGCAACAUCAUCACACUGUUGAUCACGGCCCCAGUCUACGUCUUCGGCUUCAUCACCGCUCUAGGCAAUUCCUUCAUUGCGAAUCGAACGAGCCAGCGCGCAGUUCUUAUCGCAUGGCCCCUAAUUGUGGACAUCGUCGGGAACGUCAUGGUUAUCUCGUCGCGAGCCACUGCAGUCAGGUACAUCGGAAUGUUCUUGAUGUGCGCUGGCUCAUAUUCUGCGUUCAACGUCGUUCAAGCCUGGAUCGCCAGUACGAUACCCCGAACGCGCACCAAGCGGGCCAUUGUGUACGCAUUGGUUAACCUGUUCGGUAACUCCUCUAAUAUAUACGGCUCGUAUUUCUUUCCCACAUCCGACUCGCCGCAGUACCGGCCCGGUGGAAUCACCCUUUCGGCAUUUGCUGCAGCCGGUAUUGUCUUGACGGGGCUGUUGGCAUUAUAUCUCCAUACGCUCAACGUGAAGGCACAAAGAGCGGAGGACGGGGACGGUCAAAUCCGUUACAAAUAUCUCUGGUAA